AUGACUAAGAAGGACAAGAAAGCAAAGGGUCCUAAGAUGUCCACCGUUACUACCAAAAGUGGUGAAUCUUUAAAGGUUUUUGAGGAUUUGCAUGAUUUUGAAACGUAUUUGAAGGGCGAGACGGAAGACCAGGAGUUCGACCAUGUUCACUGCCAAUUGAAGUACUAUCCGCCAUUUGUAUUGCAUGAUGCGCAUGACGAUCCGGAAAAGAUCAAAGAGACUGCGAACUCUCAUUCUAAAAAGUUUGUUCGCCAUUUACACCAGCAUGUUGAGAAGCACCUGUUAAAGGACAUUAAAACCGCCAUCAACAAGCCGGAAUUGAAAUUCCAUGAUAAGAAAAAGCAGGAGUCAUUCGAUAAGAUUGUUUGGAAUUAUGGUGAAGAAACAGAGUUGAACGCCAAGAAAUUCAAGGUGUCUGUUGAAGUCGUAUGUAACCACGAUGGUGCAAUGGUAGAUGUCGAUUACAAGACAGAACCCUUGCAGCCACUCAUUUAA